AUGUCUCUUCUCAAUUCAGGGUCACAGGUGACAACUGUCUCCAAGUCAUUCUAUGACACUCACUUGUCGUCCCAUCCAAUCCUCUCUCUAGAUAAUCUCAUUGAGGUCGAAGGAGCUGGAGGGCAAACUGUGCCCUAUUUGGGCUACAUUGAAGUGAGCAUGCAUUUCCCUGAAGAUAUCACUGGAAAAGCUGAAACUGUCACCACGCUAGCACUCGUCACUCCUGACUACAAAUUCAAUCUUGAAAUCCCAGUACUUAUUGGCACUAACACUCUAGAUGCUUUGUUCAAGUCCUGUGUCACAAGCAGUGAAGGCCAUGCUGUUUUCAACAGGCGACAUCCAUACUCCCCUUUAGUCCAGAACCUGUUGCGCAGAUACACAAUUGAUCGACAAAAUGGCAAAGUUGGCCAAGUCAGAUUUAAAGGGAAACAGAACGCCAGAAUACCUGCUGGUCAAAAGGUAGUCCUGGAUGGAUAUGUUAGAGGCGUGUCUACAGCCGGAAAUUCUCCCCUUGUGGUAGAGCCGUGUGCUCACUCCAGUCUUCCAGGUGGUUUGCUUCUUUGCAAUUAUGUCCUCACAAGUCCCAGAAGAUCAUCAUUCAAAGUUCCUAUCCUUCUUCAGAAUGAAACCGCUCAUGAAAUCACCCUUCCGAGAAAAUGUCGCUUAGCCGAGCUUUAUGUUCCAUCUGCUUUGUCUUCACUGAAGGACACCUCUGUUGGUCAGAAAGAGCCAGAUGUUCCACCUGCCUCCACUGUAGUUAGCUGCAAUGCCAUGUGUUCUACCAGCCCUGAUAACAAGAUCACUUUCGAUUUCACCAACUCGCCUCUCUCUGAAGAAUGGAGGAACAGAAUUGCAGAAAAGCUCAAUUCCAUUUCUGAGGUUUUUGCUAUGAAUGAUCUUGAUUAUGGACACACCAUGGCAGUUAAGCACAGAAUCUGCCUGUCUGACCCAACCCCUUUCAAGCAGAGAGUAAGGCCCAUCCAUCCUUCUGAUUAUGAGGCUGUUAGACUUCACCUUCAGGAACUCCAGGACGCAAACAUCAUCCGUGAGUCUGAAAGUCCAUUCGCUUCACCCAUAGUCGUCGUGAAGAAGAAAAAUGGUUCCAUUCGGCUCUGCGUGGACUAUAGAAAGUUAAAUAAUCAAACAAUAAAGGAUGCGUAUGCACUGCCAAAUAUUAAAGAGACAUUCUCCGCCUUAACAGGAUCCAGAUGGUUUUCUGUUAUGGACUUGAAAUCGGGGUACUAUCAAGUUGAGGUUGAAGAGGAGGAUAAAUAUAAGACAGCGUUUGUGACACCCAUGGGAUUCUGGGAGUUUAACCGGAUGCCACAGGGGGUGACGAAUGCUCCCAGCACCUUUCAGCGUGUUAUGGAGAAAUGUGUGGACAGCCUCCAUCUGAAAGAAGUUCUUGUGUUUCUUGAUGAUUUAAUCGUUUUUUUCAAGCAGUCUAGAGGAACACGAGGAACAACUCAUGAAGGUCUUGAACAAAUUAAAAGAGUUUGGUCUAAAGCUGUCCCCAGACAAAUGUCGGUUCUUCAUGAAGUCCGUAAAGUACCUUGGACACAUUGUUUCUGAAAACGGUGUGGAGACUGACCCCGAUAAAAUCUCAGCACUUACUACCUGGCCGAAACCCACUAACAUCAGUGAGCUAAAGUCUUUCCUUGGGUUUACUGGAUACUAUCGGAGGUUUGUCAGGGACUACUCGAAGAUCGCAAAGCCCUUAAAUGCACUUGACAGCUGGUUACUGUCCUCCCCGAAAGAAAAAGGGGUCCAAACCUCUCUCCAACGCUGACUUUAGGAAGCCUUUUGGCAGUAGAUGGACAACCGAGUGUGAUGUUUCCUUUCAGACAUUAAUUUCAAAGCUCACCACUGCCCCAGUGUUGGGGUUUGCAAACCCAAAGUUGCCGUAUAUCCUCCAUACAGAUGCCAGCCUGCAUGGCUUGGGUGCUGCCUUAUACCAGGAGCAAGAUGGCCACCUCAGGGUUAUUGCAUUCGCCAGCAGAGGGCUAUCCAAUUGUGAGAAAUGUUACCCCACCCACAAGCUAGAAUUUUUAGCCUUGAAGUGGGCAAUAACAGACAAAUUCUAUGAUUAUCUUUAUGGGGUAGAGUUUGUCGUAAUGACAGACAAUAAUCCGUUAACAUAUAUAUUGACAUCGGCCAAGCUCGACGCUGCUGGGCACCGCUGGCUUGCUUCCUUGUCCAACUUCAAUUUCAGCCUUCAGUACCGAGCAGGAAAGAAAAAUCAAGAUGCCGAUGGUCUGUCCCGGCGACCACACUCUCAGCCAGACACUGAUUUCAGUUCUAAAACUGAGGAUGACCGUAUCCAUCAAUUCAUUUCUCAGUUCAUGAAAGAGGGAAAUGGAACUUCAUUCACAAAUGAGGCAGUGAAAGCCAUUUGCCAGAAACACCAUUUGUCUGAGGUGGAAGAAGAGGAAAAUUCUUUACCUGCUGCUUUGGAAUGUUUGGCCAUGUAUGCUGAUGCCAUUCCAGCAGAGUUCUUGCAGGCAGAUUUGCUUCCUGGGUUAAGCACUCUCCCCAGAAUGUCACCACAAGAGUGGAUUGCAGAACAGUCUAGGGACCCCACAAUAAGUAGAGUGAUUGAGCUCUUGCAUAGCGGUAAACGACUCUCUUAUCGUGUCAGACGUCAUGAAACCCGAGAAGUUCAGCUGAUGCUCAGAGUGAUGGAUCAAUUCAUAUUCAUUGACGGAGUACUACACAGAAAACGUAUGAACAGAGGGAAUUUGUCCUAUCAACUCGUUCUUCCUCAGAAGUUCAGGGAGAUUGCACUUGAAGCCCUGCAUGACUCAAUUGGUCAUAUGGGAGGAGAACGGACUUUAGACCUGGUCCGCACACGCUUUUACUGGCCGAGGAUGUUCUUAGAUGUUGAACGCAAAGUCAAUACUUGCGAGAGGUGCAUCAGGAGGAAGGCCAAGGCCGAAAGAGCAUUCCCCUUAGUUAAUAUACAAACCAGCAGGCCACUAGAACUUGUCUGUAUGGACUAUCUCUCUAGAACCUGAUGGCCGUGGUACGAAGAACAUCCUAGUUAUCACGGACCAUUUUACUAAAUACGCGGUGGCAGUCCCUACGGUUGAUCAGAAAGCAAAAACUGUUGCCAAAACUCUGUGGAAUCACUUCUUUGUGCAUUACGGGAUUCCAGAACGUUUGCACAGCGACCAAGGUCGUGACUUUGAGUCUGCUGUAAUUAAGGAUCUUUGUCUCUUGCUAGGGAUAAAAAAAGACUCGGACGACACCCUACCACCCACGUGGGAAUCCCGUAGAAAGGUUUAACCGCACACUUCUUCAAAUGCUUGGUACUCUUGAAGAAGAAGACAAAGUGAGAUGGCGUGACCAUGUUCAACUGUUGGUGCAUGCCUAUAACUGUACCAAAAAUGAUACAACUGGUUUCUCUCCUUAUCAGUUAAUGUCUGGGAGACAGCCCAGCCUUCCCAUUGACGUGGCUUUUGGUAUCACACCAGAAGGGGGGAAGAAAGUCACUCACACAGAGUAUGUCAAAAAGCUGCAAGAGAGUUUACAAGAGAGUUACCGGAUUGCUGUUGAGCACAGCGAGAAGAUGGCUCUUCGUAACAAACAAAGGUACGAUUUGAGGGUGAGAGAGUCCACCUUGCAUGUUGGGGACCGUGUCCUUGUCAAAAAUGUAGUAAUAAGAGGCAAACAUAAGAUUGCUGAACGAUGGAGCAAAAUAAUUUAUCAAGUGGUCAAACAGAUAAAUGAAUCUCCUGUUUAUGUAGUGAAGCCUCUUACGACGAAUGGUCCAGAAAAAACACUCCAUCGAGAUUUGCUUUUGCCUUGUGGGUUCUUGACUCCCACCAAUCCCACGGAUGAAAGUGACAGAGAGGAGAGGAAGCAGAAGAAUUCUUGUCCUACAGACACAUUGUUAGCGAAUGAAUUAAGUUACCCAGAUGAAGUCGUCCAAGAACCAGUCCAAGACCAUGAUGCAGAGAUGGAUUAUUAUUUCCUUCAAACCACACGAGAGACAUCACAUCCUACCAUAACCAUCAUUAAAGAAGUGCCUUACAAUAAAGCCAUGACUGAGGAUACAAUUGGAACUACAUUGAAUCCUAAUGCAAGGCCGUUUGAACCUUCAGGAACUAACAAAGGUCUGCACUUACCUGGAGAAACCCUGGAGAGUAAUCACUUACCUGAAGAAACCCUGACGGAGGAUAACUUACCUGGGAAGUCCCUGGAAAAGAUGAAACCUGUCAAAGGUCUGAAUUCUAAAUCCACUGAUGAAAAUGAGGAUGAGUCCAAUCAGAAGUUGAUUGUUAAUGAUGCUGAACCUGUUGAGCAAAGAGAGAAUAAUGAAGAAGAAGAAGAAGAAAACAAAAACAGUGAAACUGUGACUGUGGAGCAUGAUCUAGAAAAUAAAGACAUACCUGCUCAAGAGAUUCCAGAGCUCAGACGUUCUACACGACAUAGGGAACAACCUGAUAGACUGAACUAUAAGUCAUUAGGAAACCCUUUGGCAUUAGUCAUGCAUUCCUUAUUAGAAGGUCUAAACCUAGCUUUCACACGAGCCCUUGAACCUGAUACUUUCCCUCAAGUUAGAGUACUAGCACCUGAUACUUCUGAACUCUUAUAAAUUCAUUACAUGCAGAGACUCAUGCAGGUUCAGGAGGGGAGGAUGUAACCCCCUAAAGUUUUACAGUGUUAUAUAAGUUCAAUGCAGUACUGUAGUUUUCCUGUAGGGGUCACUGCAUGAUCUGGUUAAUAGAGGUGUAAAGAUUUAGAGAAGAAGACUGAUCGUAGCUGGUAUGCACGAGGUGAUCAAGCGCUGCAUAUGAAAUAUUAUAUCUUCAUUAAAAGUACUUUCUGAUGUUUUAAAAUUGUAUACUUUUCAUAUAAAUUGUUACAGUAUGUUCACGAGUUUCAAAACGGAUUCGAAUUCACAUUGAUGUCGAUUGAGAAGUUAUUUCUGCAAACUCUGACUGUUUUUUUUUUAUUGCCUGAUUCCAUCCUGUGACCUGAUCAACUGUGAGUUUAUGUGAUCUACGGCGAGCCAGACCCUGUGAUUCUGUGA